AUGGAGGAGCGAGGAGGGAGGGGCAAGAGGGAGAGCAGAAUGAAAGUUGGGGAAAGAAGAGACCGUAGGAGGGAGAAGGAGGCAGGAGGAGAAAGAAGAAAUUUGGGGAAAUGGAGCUGGAGAAUAUUCAUUUACACUGUUCAUGGUGACCUUCUCAACAAGUACCUCUACUUGUCUGGGAGAGUAGAUUUGAAGCAAAUUGAGAAGACAAUUCAAUAUUUGAUUGGAUCAGGAAUGGAUCCCCGUAUAGAAAAUAGCCCGUACCUUUGGUUCAUCUACACAUCAUUCCAAGAAAGAGCCACCUUUAUCUCCCAUGGGAACACCGCCAGGCUCGCGAAGGAACAUGGGGACCUGAAAUUGGCUCAGAUAUGUGGAACUAUUGCAUCAGAUAAGAAGCACCAUGAAACUGCCUACACCAAAAUAGUGGAAAAGCUCUUUGAAAUAGAUCCCGAUGGUACCGUGUUGGCUUUUGCUGACAUGAUGAGAAAGAAAAUCUCUAUGCCAGCCCAUUUGAUGUAUGAAAGACAUGACGACAACCUCUUUGAGCACUUUUCAGUUGUUGCUCAACAGCUUGGGGUCUAUACUGCCACAGAUUAUGCAGAUAUAUUGGAAUUUUUUGUGGGAAGAUGGAAUAUGGAGAAGCUAACUGGACUUUCAGGUGAGGGGCGGAAAGCCCAGGAUUUCCUUUGUGGGUUAGCUCCUAGAAUCAGGAGGCUAGAGGAGAGAGCUCAAGGGAAGGCAAAGCAAGUUACUACCGUUCCUUUCAGUUGGAUUUUUGAUAAGGAAGUGAAGCUGUAGGUGCAAG